AUGCUAUCCGUACCAUUAAGUCGUGUUCGUUCAUCGAGAUUAAAACGUCAAACACCCGUGGCAGAAGAAGAAGGUGGUGAUGAAAUAGCGAGCGAUCAUUAUUCACAAACAACAACAACAAAACGUAUCUCAUCUGAUCACGAAAGUGUUAGCUCAUCACGUUCACUCUCGCCAUAUUUAAGAGUGGUUUUAGAUGGAGAAUCAUCAUCAAGUUAUUUAGAUGUACCAGAGACAUCGAUUAAUAGCCGACGUUCAUCAAAUAAUAGUGUCGUCAGAUUUAAACAGAAUGAUAUGUAUGAUUUAUGUUCAAUUUUGGAUAUGACUUAUGAAGGCGAAAAUUUAGAAAAAGCAAUUAUUAAUAACGAUAAAUAUACUGCUAGAAGAAUUAUCGAUAUACAUCAAAAUAAAUUUAGCAUUAUUAAAAAUCGUCACAGUAUUCUUCAAGGCUGCACUGGUGGUGCAGGUGGAGCACCAGUCACAGAUCAUCGUCAAUUGAGUGGUGCCACUGCUGCACAUUCACAGCAUAGUGGCACACCAUCAUUAACAUCGAAUACCGAUCUAAUAGAAGCUGUUAGUAAAGAAGGAUUGUUGGAAACAAAUUCAUUAUCAAAUAAUAAUGGUAAUUCCAUAAUUAUCAACGAAUGUUGUUUAUCAUCAGAUGCUGUAUGUGAAACAACAGCAGCACAUUCAGCAUUAACACAAAGAACUGGACCACUAGCAGCUGCUCUAAUGGAACAUGCGUCAGCAACACCAUCACCAAUUAAUUUUAACACCGCAGAUAGUGGCGGCGGUUUUGAACUUGAAAAGACAGCAACAAGGAGUGCUCCUGAUUCACCCAGUGAUGCACCACCUAUAUUUCGAAAUAUUCUACAUGUAGCUAUUAUAUAUGAUGCUCGAGAUGUUUUGCGUAUUUCGUUAAAAUAUGGUAUCGAUCCAAAUGCGCCCGGUACACAUCCCGUAACGUCAGAUACAUCGACAAAUUCAGGUUACAUCUCACCCGAUCUACUACCACGAGCAUCCCCUUGUCGCAACGGUACUCUUGAUUAUAAUUCCUAUUAUACGAAUGAACGUCUUUACAUGUUACCACCGUUAUUCUUAGCUGCACAACGAAAUAAUCAUUAUGCUACAAAUUUGUUGUUACGCUACGGUGCUAAUCCAAAUAUACGCGAUGAAUUGGCUUGUUCGCCACUUCAUUUAGCUGCUCGAUUGCAACAUGAUGUUUGUAAUAUACUGAUCUGCCAUCAUGCUUGUAUAAGCAUCAAGAAUAAAUAUGGUGAUUCGGCAUUGUCGUUAUGGCCCGUUGUCUAUAAUUUACAAACAGCAUUUGUUGAACGUGAAUUUCGUAAAUUAUGUCGAAAAUAUUCAUCGUCAAAACGUCAUCGUUUUCUAUCGUCAUCGUCUGGUAAUAAAGAUGAAACACAUUUGGGAGUGAGCACGCAUAAUAAUAAUAGUUUGAGUGGCGAGAAAUGUACAAACGGUGGUGUCAAAAAUUUAAAAAGGAUAUUUCGUCAUAGUGGAAGUGAUUCAUACGAUUCAAAAUCAUUUAAAAAAAGUUUAUCAUCUCAAAGUUCAAUAGGAAAACCAAAAGUAAAAGGUCAACAUGUGGCAUUAUCAGCAUCAACCGGACGAAGUGAAUCAAGACAAAUUUCAGAAGAACGAGAAGAAUAUACGACGAGCGAUAUCCCAAGAUCAUCAAAUUCAAAACGGAAGAUUGGAACACCCUCAAUUGCCGUCAAUAUCUUGAAUUAUCAUAAAUCGUUUCGAAACUAUCAACCAACUGAAACUCGUCUCCACUACUAG